CACAUACCUUAUAAUAAUAGACUAAUAGUACGUGCCCCCACUUUCUUCUUUCUUCAAAUACUAAUUCUUCUUCUUGUGUACCCAACAAAAUAAUAAUAAUUGGUCAUACAGAAGUGAAAUAUAGACAAGGUAUACAUGAAGAUGGAGGAAAAGCUGUUGUUGAAGUUGGAGGAGAAGGGUUCCACUGGUAGUGUUGAUGAUGAUGGCGCCACCGCGAUAACUGCCGCUCUCGUCUUCAGCAUCUUCACCGCUGUUUGUGGCUCCUUCGUCCUAGGCUAUACUUGUGGUUACACCUCUCCUGCACAGUCUGGAAUCAUUGCGGAUUUGGGACUUUCAAUAGCAGAUUAUUCCCUCUUUGGAUCAAUACUUACAGUUGGUGGAUUGUUAGGCUCACUAGUAUGUGGUACACUAACAGAUUACAUUGGUCGGCGUGGUACAAUGGGAUUGUCAAGUGUGCUCCUCCUCAUCGGAUGGCUUGCUAUAGCAUUUUCACAGAAUGCUUGGUCCCUUGAUCUCGGUAGAAUUAUCAUGGGUUUUGCAGGAGGAGUUUACUCUUAUGUGAUUCCUGUGUACAUAGCAGAAAUAACGCCAAAGAACCUCCGAGGCGGGGCAGUGCUUCUCCAUCAGUUGAUGGUAUCUUGUGGAAUAGCAUUUGCUUACAUUGUUGGGCUUAUGACAAACUGGCAUGUCUUAGCUUUGAUUGGUGCUUUGCCAUGCCUAGUGCAACUUAUAGGCUCAUUUCUCAUUCCAGAGUCUCCGAGGUGGUUGGUGAAGGUUGGUGAUGAUAAAAGUUAUGAAGCUGCUUUAAGAAGUCUAAGGGGCCAGAACAUAGAUAUAUCUUAUGAAGCAGCUGAAAUCAAAGAGUAUACUAAAUCUGUUGCAAAAAUCUCAAAACAUAACUUGCACGAGGUGCUGCAUACAAAAUAUGCUUAUGCGCUUACUGUAAGCCUUGGGCUGAUGGCACUAGCAGGAAUUGGUGGGGCAACUGGAAUUUUAUUUUAUGCAACUACGAUAUUUGAAUCAGCUGGAUUUUCAGGUACUAUAGGGACUGUGGCAAUGGCUCUUACCCAGCUUCCACCCAUUAUUUUGGGUGUAUUCUUGAUGGAUCAUUUUGGAAGACGGCCAAUUUUGCUGUGUUCCGCAGUUGGAAUGUGUAUGGCUUGCUUUUCAGUGGCAUUAUCAUUCUUGAUGAAGGAACAUGGAUGGAUGAAAGACUACAGUCCGUAUUUGGCUCUUAUUGGCAUUUUGAUAUCUGCUGCAACAUUUCCAGUUGGACUAGGAGGGAUACCGUCUCUAAUAAUGUCAGAGGCACAUUUUUCAUUUUCGCAAGCAUCAAUGUUUUCACUCUGCUAUUCAUCUCAAUAUUAGUCCCGGAGACAAAGGGACGAACAUUGGAAGAAAUACAGGAAUCACUUACGCAUACUUUGGAUCGGACAUAUGUACAUUAAAACUAAUCAAUGAGUAUGUAUUUUUUCGGCUCCUCUGGUUAUACUACAGGCAAAGUAAGAAGUCAGAAAAUUUAUAUUCCUAGCCUCUCUUCCUCACCCCUUUUCCUGUAUGUUGUGUGAGCUUUGAUUAGUUUUAACGAAUAUAAUUCUUUCGCUGCAAACCUGCAAGUGUGUAUAUACUCCAUUUUGUAUAUAUAUGAAAUCAUGGAGUAUUGCAGUGAGGAAUCUUUGUAAGACUUUCUCUGAGAAUGAAGAAAGCAUAUGGUUAUGUGGAUCCAAA